AAGUACCACUUAAAUUGAAGAAGGGAAAAUCAUAUUGAAUUACCAUAGAAGAACAAUUUAUCACUUACAUAAGAAAAUUUGAGACCAUAUGAAACCCUAAUAACUAAUUUGGUCUCACUCAGUCCUCAACUGUCAUCCCUCACCAGCUCACCCACUCUUUCUCGCCGGCCACCGUGAUUGUCAUUCUCUUGUUGAAUCUGUUUUUCACGGAGUGGGGGUGGGGAGACGACAACAAUUCUUUAGAAGGAAGUGGAGAGAAGUUUUUAAUUUAAAACUGCAUAUUUCAAAACAAGUUGGUAGUUAGAAAUGGUGAAGUUGUUUAGUUUGGGAACUGAACCAGUGGUCGGUAACUUGAAUUCUUCAAGGAAGAAAGAGUAUAGAGUCACCAAUCGCCUCCAAGAGGGCAAGCGUCCUCUAUAUGCUGUUGUUUUCAACUUCAUCGACUCCCGCUACUUCAACGUUUUCGCCACAGUUGGUGGCAAUCGGGUUACUAUUUAUCAAUGCCUUCAAGGAGGAGUUAUUGCUGUAUUGCAGUCUUUUGUAGAUGAUGAUAAGGAUGAAUCUUUUUAUACAGUAAGCUGGGCAUGCAAUACCAAUGGGGCUCCACUUGCUGUGGCUGGAGGAGUCAAUGGUAUAAUUCGAGUCAUUAAUGGUAGCGAUGAGAAGUUACACAAGAGUUUUGUUGGCCAUGGGGACUCCAUAAAUGAAAUCAGGACUCAAGCGAUGAGGCCAGCACUUGUGAUAUCUGCUAGCAAAGAUGAGUCUGUUCGAUUAUGGAAUGUUCACACUGGAGUAUGUGUUUUGAUAUUUGCUGGAGCUGGAGGACACCGUAAUGAAGUCUUAAGUAUUGAUUUUCAUCCAUCAGAUAUAUUUAAGAUUGCCAGUUGUGGCAUGGAUAAUACUGUUAAGAUAUGGUCUAUGAAGGAUUUCUGGGGCUAUGUAGAACAAUCAUUCACAUGGACAGAUAUCCCUUCUAAGUUUCCCACAAAAUAUGUGCAGUUUCCUAUAUUCAAUGCUUCAGUUCAUACAAAUUACGUUGAUUGUACUAGAUGGUUGGGGGAAUUUAUCCUCUCAAAGAGUGUUGACCAUGAAAUUAUCUUGUGGGAACCAAAAGUGAAGGAACAAUCUCCAGGGGAGGGCGCAGCCGACAUACUUCAGAAAUACCCCGUUCCCGAAUGUGAUAUAUGGUUCAUCAAAUUUUCUUGUGAUUUCCAUUUCAAGGCAUGUGCAAUAGGCAACAGGGAAGGGAAGAUUUUUGUUUGGGAUUUGCAGUCAAGUCCUCCUAUUCUUAAUGCGAAGUUGGUGCAUGCUCAAUCAAAAUCUCCAAUCAGGCAAACUGCUCUGUCCCAUGAUGGAAGUACUAUUUUAUGUUGCUGCGACGAUGGAACAAUAUGGCGCUGGGAUGAUGCAAACUCCGAAGCUUAACUUAUUUUCAUGCACUAUCAAUAUAAUGUGCACAAUAUGUAAUCCAACAUGAGCUUUCUGGUUUAUGGAUUUGACUAGUCAUGGACACGAGAACCUGGUUUAUCGAGUUUACUCAAUCUAUUGUGUGGAUAUAUCAUUUUUAUGUUGUAAGUUUAUUAAAUAAAAUGUUUAUCGAGAACUUUUUUGGUUAACAUCCAUUUUGAAUAUAAAAGAGACAUAUAAGGAGAA